AUGUCACCACACGAUAUAAUUGAAGAUAAACAUAAAUCAUUUAUUCAUGCAUCACCCCUUGACUCGACUUAUCCAACUCCGAAAAAUGUGCCUAUUAUAUCGACAGCAGAAAUUUUCAAGAAAUCUGAUCCUAAUGCAAAUUUUAUAACACCUACUAAACCUAGUAGAAGUGCCGAUUCAAAUGAAGAUUCCAUAGGGAAAAAUGAUAUUGAACAUGUCAAUGGAAAUGGUAAUGUACGUCAAGUAUCUGAUAAUUCCGAUAGAUUAAGUUUGAAACAUGAUCGAGUUCCAAGCACUGCACCAACAACUCCUAAAUUGAAUUCAAUUGGUCAAAACAAAGAAAAUCUUGAUUUCUUCCAUGAUUAUGUAAAAGAAAUAUCAUCAUUGAAAGCACAAAAUGAAGUUUGGAAAAGUAAAUUUGAGAAUUUGAAUGAUUGUUACCAACAAGAAUUACAACAACAUGAGAAACAGAAUAUUGAAUAUGGUAAAUUGAAAGAAAUGUAUAAUAAAGAACUUGAAGAAAAAAAUCAAUUGAAAAAAGAGAUACAACUAAUGAAUUCAAGAAUAGAGAUAUUGGAAUAUGGAGAAGAGAAUUUGAAAUUAUUAGUGGAUAAAUAUAAGGAGAUUGCUACGCAGAUAAAAGAGAAUAACAUUAGAUCACCGUCACCAUUAAAUAAUCAAGAUCUUGAGUAUACAGAGGAACUUGUAAAUGAUUUGAUUUCAUUUGACAAUUUGAACGAAGAGGUGAAAGCAAGCACUCCACCCAAGAAAAUCAAUCAUGGCGUCCAAACUGAACUCAAAAAUUUUAACGUGACUGCUCCUUCAACAAAACCAAACUAUACACAUAUUUCUAAUAAGGAAACUCAAACUUCCAAUAAUUCCUCAAUGAAAAUAAAUAAAGCAGUUCAAACGAUCCAAAUACAAGAAAAAACAUCACAACCAUCAGAACAGAUUUCAAAUCCAACAAUUGCAUCACCAACUGAGCCAACACCAACACCAACAUCAUUGCCAUCACUGCCACCAGUUACAGCUUCUAAAAUUGAUAAUCAAACCUUUAGUAAAGAAUCUCAAGAAUCAUCAUCAGUAUCUGUUUUCCCUGAAUUUUCAUUAUCUUCAUACAGUAGCAAAUUUCAUAAUUAUUAUAAACAAUUACAUCUUGAUCAAAUUGAUGAAUUAAGUAAACGAGAUUUACAAUAUUUAAUCAAAACAACAAUGUGUCAAUUCAUGAUUGAUUAUUAUAAUAUUGAUACAUCAUUAACUAGAUAUGCUAGAUUUUUAUCCAUUGUAUAUCAAUUUUUGAAUGAAUUACAUUUGAUUAUUUAUCCAGGACAAAUUUUAAAGAGUUCAGAUUAUUAUCGUGGAAGAGUUUAUCGUGAUGGUAAAAUUGAUGAAGAAAUGAUUGGAUUAAAAGAAUGUUUAAACGGAAUGCAAGAUAAAAUUCGAGAAACGUUUGGUCAAUUAUAG